UUAUAAUUUUUUUAUACAAAGUCAAAAUUAAUCUCCAAUGAAUAAUGUAAACGGUGUAAUUUAAAAAUGCAGAUUAUGGCAACAAAUGUUGGUAUUUACUAGAAUAUCAAAAAGGUAGGCAAACAGUGGCCUUCCAUUUAAAAAGCAGGCACGGUUAAUAUGCAGCCAAGUGCAUUUAAUUGCAAAAACUGUACAAGCCUUUUCCAGAGAAACAACCGCUAACAGAUAUUAGUCUAAGCCCGGAGAACAACUAAUUAUAAGCCUAAUACAGUAAUAUACAUUAGUAAACAAAAUGAGUGGCACCAAUGCUCAACAAAAUAGUGUAAACCCCAAACAUUCCGCCCCAUUCUAUAUAUCACCGCAACUAUUUCAAAAUAAGCGACUUAAACGUAGACUUUUGAAGCGGAAAGAAUAUCUUGCAAAACUCGCUUCAGAAACUGAAAAGACUGAACGACGAAAAACAACAUUCAAUAAUCUGAAGCCAGAUGUGACAAUAGAUCUGUUAUCAGAUGAAGAGAACACUCCGGUUGAACAACCGCUAAAACAUGUACAAAAUUUAUUACAACAUCCAAGUGGCAGCAUACAAUUGUGUAAUACACCCAACAUAACGCUCAUUCCUGUACAAAACUUACAGAAACAGCAGCAAGUAUUAACGCUUAAACGAAAGCGCAAAGCACAAAAACCGAAACGUCUGUCGCAGCCCACAAUUGUUAAUGAAAGUAUUGUACUUACAGACGACAGUGAUGUGGAAAUUCCAACUGUAGUCAAACAUGAGCGGCUCAUACAUUCCAGUUCAAAUAUUGAAAACAUGCCAAAUUGCUUGAAACCAACACCAGAGCCAGAUGUUUCAAUAACGGCCGUUGUGCCGCAGCAAGCUACGCUAAACCCACAAGCAGCACAAUUACGACAAGCACCGCAAGUAGCGCAGGUGGAUGAAGAAGUAACAGUGUCAAUUGUGCCGCGCUCAUCAACUGCUGGACACUGCACAAAAGCAGCAGUAAAUGAAAUAUUUCCCAUGCUGCCAGAUGAAACAACAGUGCAUACAGUUAUUGCAAAUAGAAUCUAUGAAUUGUCACUCACCAAAUUGCGCGAAGGUUUGGCUUCAUGUGGUUUACCCGAAUUUACAAAUGGACAGCAAACCACUCCAAAUAUACGUCGUAAAAAUAUAGCAAAUGUACCACCAGCAACUUUACAACCAGCACCUGUGUCAUUAAAACUCUCCAGCGACUUAAGCAUAUCACUGAUCUCAGACGAAGAAGAAUCACAACAAGAAGCACAAAUAACACCAGAAAAACUAUUAGAACAGCAGCCACACUUAUCAGUACAACAGAUACAGUUGCCGCUAGCCAAUUCCACAGAUGGACGGAACGUACCAAAACGAAGGAAACUACGUUAAAGUGAAAAUUGGUUUCCGUCGAAGCAAAAUGAGAAUUAAGAAUAGUUUUUAUAUGAAGUUAUUUUAUGCAGUAUUAUGCCAUUAAUCUAUAUUUAAACACGACACGGGUAUCAAUGCAAGCUGUAAGGUUACGCGAAUUGAUGGAGUAGUCGCCUAACAAACAAACUCUUCAUAAUGUAAAAAUUGUUGGCAUGCAUCUUAGUAUAUUUUAUUUUGUCAUUUUUUAAUAAUUUUUUAGAAUUUGUUAAAUACAAUAUUCAAACUCGGAAAGCUAUACGUGCAAGGCUAAGCCAAAGUAUACCGACUGACUGUGUAAUACCUUUUAAGAAGUAUUUAUAGAACUUGUGCUACAAUGUACUACGUUUAAAUAUAGCUUAUUUAGGUUUAUUUUAUGCGAUUUGUAUUUUGACAAAUUUUUAAUUGCUUGGUCCUUUUACUUCUGUUAAAAAUUGAAUUUAAGUAAGAUUUUACUAAAUUGCUCGGUUGAUUUUUCAAAACGAAUAAUUGUACAUUUAGUAAUUAAACAUAUAUAAUUUAAUUUAUUUCUCUAUAUUUUUUUUAUUUUUUUUUUUUAAGUAAGUUAAGAUAUGGAUGUAUAUAUAGUGGAUCAAACUGAAUUAUUUAUAUAACUAACUCGUUUAUACAAAGUAGAACAGUACUCUAUAU